CAGCAACAACAACAAACAUAAUCAAAAACAGCGGCUGCAAGUGGGGUGGGGAGACGUGAAAAUGCCGUAUGCUCUUGCCUCUCAACUUCCAGAAGAGGUACAAGCCCUUUCAAGGUGCAGUUAUCCAAGGCUUACAACCGCUGUCACGUCACUAGGGGAAUCGAAACCACAUCCUACAGAACGCUAUUGAAAAGUUAACUUCCCUCGUCUGUCUUUAAACUUGAGCGAUUGCAUUCAUAAAUAUUUUAAAUCACGACAAUGGCUUUGGCAGAAUAUAAAGAUACCUUGGCUACUUCAGCUUCAUUCAGCACAGUCCUAUUAUUUAUGACUGGCAUGUUUACAGCCAACAAAAUAAUGAAAAGGAAUAGUGUUGGCGACGACUCUUAUGUUCCAUUUAUCACUGGGUUCCUAUCGUGUAGCUUGUGGCUACGAUAUGGUAUCCUUAUAGAAGAUGCAACCAUCACCUUAGUAAACAGCGUUGGAGCAUUUCUUCAUAUCUCCUACUUAACUAUUUAUAUUUUCCACUCUAAAUCAAAGAUGGGAAUUUUAAGACAACAAAUUCCACCAAUGAUGUGCCUCUUAAUGGUGUUAUUUUACUCAUAUUACGGUGAAGAGAAUGUAGAUAUUGUGAAGUUUCAUGUGGGAGUGAUUGCAAGUGCUGUGACGAUUGCCUUCUUUGCUGCUCCUCUAACUAAACUGAUGCAUGUUAUUCGCUUUAGAAGUGUGGAAUGUCUACCAUUUCCUAUGAUUGUUGCAUCAUUUGCUGUUUCUGCUCAAUGGCUUUUGUACGGCAUCAUAUUGCAAGACCCUUUCAUAACGCUACCAAAUAGUCUUGGGUGCUUCUUGUCAAGUGUUCAGCUCACACUAUUCCUUAUCUACCCUGUGACAUCUGAUGGGACCAAAUAGCUAAAGGAAGUUAAAGAUGUUGAUCUAAUCCAGUGACUCUGGGCUGUUAUUGUGAUAAAUUUCUCUACAGCCUGAACAGUAUUUUCAAAAUGAAGAUGCAGAGAAAUAUUGGUGUGGUAUAUUUUUUCUUGCAGUAUUCUUUUGCAACAUUGCAGCAUUUGCCAUUUAGUAUUUCAUAAUUGCUCAUAAAUUUUACAUUUUUAUUAGAAAGUCAUGUUUUUAGAUUUUUAUGAUGGUUUCAGAGAAUAACUGCCUUCUCUUUUGUAUUAAAUGAAUUUAAGCCAU